GCAGUGGCUGCUGCUGCUGCGGCGGCGGUGGUGGCGACGGUGGGGUGGCGGGAGAGGAGCGGCAUGGCCACGGCGGCUUCUAACCCCUACCUGCCGGGGAACAGCCUGCUGGCGGCCGGCUCCAUUGUACACACUGACGCGGCGGGGGCUGGCGGCGGUGGGGGCGGGGGAGGCGGUGGCAGCACGGGUGGAGGAGGGGGAGGCCUGCAGCCCGGCAGUGCCGCUGUGACCUCCGGCGCCUACCGAGGGGACCCGUCCUCAGUCAAGAUGGUCCAGAGCGACUUCAUGCAGGGGGCCAUGGCCGCCAGCAACGGCGGCCAUAUGCUCAGCCACGCGCACCAGUGGGUCACGGCCCUGCCCCACGCCGCGGCUGCAGCCGCAGCCGCCGCCGCUGCCGCGGUGGAGGCGAGCUCGCCGUGGUCCAGCAGCGCCGUGGGCAUGGCCGGCAGUCCCCAGCAGCCGCCGCCGCAGGGCCCCGACGUGAAGGGAGGCUCGGGACGCGACGACUUGCACGCGGGCACCGCGCUGCACCACCGCGGGCCACCGCACCUCGGGCCCCCGCCGCCGCCGCCGCCGCACCAGGGCCACCCUGGGGGAUGGGGGGCCGCUGCUGCUGCAGCAGCCGCUGCUGCCGCCGCUGCCGCGGCGCACCUCCCGUCCAUGGCGGGGAGCCAGCAGCCACCGCCGCAGGGCCUGUUGUACUCGCAGCCCGGGGGCUUCACCGUGAACGGCAUGCUCAGCGCACCCCCUGGGCCCGGAGGUGGUGGAGGCGGCGCGGGUGGCGGGGCUCAGAGCCUGGUGCACCCAGGGCUGGUGCGCGGGGACACGCCCGAGCUGGCGGAACACCACCACCACCACCACCACCACCCACACCCGCCGCACCCGCACCACGCGCAAGGCCCGCCACACCACACUGGUGGCGGCGCUGGACCAGGACUCAACAGCCACGACCCUCAUUCUGAUGAGGACACGCCAACGUCGGACGAUUUGGAGCAGUUCGCCAAGCAGUUCAAGCAGCGGCGCAUCAAGCUGGGCUUCACACAGGCCGACGUAGGGUUGGCGCUGGGCACGCUGUACGGCAACGUGUUCUCACAGACCACCAUCUGCCGCUUCGAGGCCCUGCAGCUGAGUUUCAAGAACAUGUGCAAGCUCAAGCCGCUGCUGAACAAGUGGCUGGAGGAGGCGGACUCAAGCACCGGCAGCCCCACCAGCAUCGACAAGAUCGCAGCGCAGGGCCGCAAGCGCAAGAAGCGGACCUCCAUCGAGGUGAGCGUCAAGGGCGCGCUCGAAAGCCACUUCCUCAAGUGCCCCAAGCCCUCGGCGCAGGAGAUCACCAACCUGGCCGAUAGCCUGCAGCUCGAGAAGGAGGUCGUGCGUGUUUGGUUCUGCAACCGACGCCAAAAGGAGAAGCGCAUGACGCCGCCCGGGAUCCAACAGCAGACGCCCGACGACGUCUACUCACAAGUGGGCACUGUGAGCGCCGACACGCCUCCGCCACACCACGGACUGCAGACGAGCGUGCAGUGAGGGCCAGGGACGCAGCGAUACUAGGGCCCGCCGCCGCCUGCGCAGUCGCCGCCGCCGCCACCGCCAACGCCUCGCCAACGCCGCGAC